AUGGUUGGCCAUACAGAAAUAGAAGAAGAAGAAGACAGAACAACGACGACUCAGCAACCACUGAUCUCUCUCUUGUUUUCAUUUCUCGAACGGGAAAGAAGGGAAGAUGAAGACGCCCCGGUUUCGAAGGUAUCCAGAGUAUCCUGGGCCAGGUCCUUGAGCGUGGCGUCCAGCAGUCUUGAUACAAGGCGGUCCGAGCUUGACUCAGACAGCUACUGCUACUCCUCCAGGGACUUGUCUGACUCGGUUGGGCUCUUCGAGUUACUGAGUCAGAGAAGAGCUAAUGAUUUGCGAGUCUUCGGUUUCUCCGAACUCAAAUCCGCUACUAGGGGGUUCAGUAGAGGCUUGCUUAUUGGGGAGGGAGGCUUUGGCUGCGUUUAUAGAGGCGUCGUUAAAGUUCCAGCUGAUCGUGAAUCAGGUUCCAAGAUGGAUGUUGCUAUAAAACAGUUGAAUCGUCACGGUUUCCAGGGGCAUAGGGAAUGGAUUAAUGAAGUUAAUUUCUUGGGUGUGGUUAAGCAUCCAAAUCUUGUUAAAUGA